AAGUGGAAGUUACACUCUGACAACAGACUGUGAGGAGCUGCAAGCAUGUGUGAAUAUCCUACCUUCCAGUUCGGGAAGCCCCGGUUCGACCAGGACACGUUUUUUGGGCGUUUCAGACAUUUCUUGGAUGUGAUCGACCCCAGAACCCUUUUCGUGAGUGAGAAACGUCUGCAGGAAUGUGUGGACCUGAUUGACCAAUAUAAAGACGGAACUCUUCCUCCAGGUGUGACGGACGCUCAGCUUUGGAAAGCUCAAAAAAUAAAGCAAGCCAUCAUCCACCCCGACACUGGGGAGAAGAUCUUCAUGCCCUUUCGGAUGUCAGGUUUCAUCCCUUUUGGAACACCUGUGGUUGUUGGUCUCCUUCUUCCAAAUCAAACUUUGUUGUCCACCGUCUUCUGGCAGUGGUUAAAUCAGAGUCACAACGCCUGUGUGAACUACUGCAACCGUAACGCCUCCCAGCCGGCUCCAGUUUCCAAGUUUAUUCGUGGAUACAUCGGAGCUGUGACCAGUGCCGUCUCCAUCGCUGUCGGUCUGAAUGUCUUAAUCCAGAGAGCGAGUCGCUUCAGUCCAACGACCAGGCUGUUGGUGCAGAGGUUCAUCCCCUUCCCAGCAGUGGCGAGCGCCAAUGUGUGCAACGUGGUUCUCAUGAGGCAGUCGGAGCUGUCAGAAGGCAUCAGCGUCCUCGACAACAAGGGGAACGUGGUGGGAACGUCCAAAUUAGCCGCCAGACAUGCACUUCUGGAGACGGCCCUGACCAGAGUGGUCCUUCCCAUGCCGAUCCUGGUUCUUCCUCCCAUGAUCAUGACUGUACUGGAAAAACUUCCUGUCCUGCAGAGACGGCGUAGACUCGUCCUUCCGGUCCACAGUCUGGUUGUUCUCGCUGCCUUCAGUCUCGCUUUGCCUCUCGCCAUCAGCCUCUUCCCUCAGAUGUCUCAGAUCGCCGUGAAUCAGCUGGAGCCGGAGAUCGCCAUGGCAACAGACUGUAAGAUUGUGACCUACAAUAAAGGCCUGUAGGCGAACGCCGGCAAUCCCGCUCAGACGGUCGGAAGCUGCCAGAGGAGGAAUCAUGGUAAAUUUGGCUGCAUUAACCCGCGAGCGUUUAGCAUAUGUUUACAGAGAACGGGCAGCCGAUAGUGAGAAUACACGCAACGACGCCGUUCCUGAAACAUCACGACUUCUCACUUAUCACUGAAAUGUACAGAAAAAUAAUAAGAAAUUAACCAGAGGAUUUAGAUCUGGGAGGAAAUCAGCUCAUUUAUAAGGUCUGGUUCUCGAAAAUGUGAAGAAAAUAUCAACAUAACUGUGACUUAGAUGAGGAUGGAUGACUGAGUUGGGAUUUGUUGGUCUUAUUGAUGUGUUUGGGAAAAUAUAAUAAGACAAAAAAAAGAAACCUGUAAGGAACACUCAAGAAGAAAAGACGAUUGAAAAAAAGAAUAAAAUGAAAAAAUAAAAUGUUUAAAUUAAAUAUUGGGGUGACUAUAAAUGGCUCAUCAGUUUAUAAAUAUGUUUUUUCAGGAUCCAAAUUACAUCAUGAAUCUUGUCUAUUUGCAUCUUUUUCUGUCUUUUUUUGUCAUUUGGUUUCAUUGAUUUCAGU